UAACAGUCGUCUUCCAAGACAAGCAGGGUCAAGUAAACGGUAUGCAGAAUAGAUAUCAAAACUGAUGCGAAGCUACUGAAAGUGGAAGUUUUGUUGGACGAGCGGGCACGGAAGCGCACAUUUUGUAACCAUUUUGGGAAUGGUUGUCUGAAAGUGCCACACAUUAGAAAGCAGACAAGAUGGAUGGCUGUCAGACAUCGUUCAUAAAGAUCAGCGAAGAUCGAGUCAUAGCAAGAUCGGAUCUGUUAUCUCUACUGAAAACGUACAACUGCUACCACGAGGGGAAGAGUUUUCAGCUGCGCAGCCGAGAGGAAGAAGGGGAAUUAAUCAUCGAGGGUUUGCUCAACAUCUCCUGGGGGCUGAGGCGGCCAAUCAGGCUGCAGAUGCACGAUGACAACGAGCGGUUUCAGUACUCGUGCACGGGCCCAUGGAGGCCUGAACAGACAGGGGUCAACAGAAACGAAAAGACCCAGAAAAGUUUCUCAAAGCAGUCCUCAUUGGAAUCAAACAACAAUUUCUGUGAAAAAACAACUUCACCGACUCAGACGUGCUCGGAUGUCAGCAGCUCGGAGGAGGAGACGCCCCAGCUGAUGAGGACGCAGAGCGACGCCAGCUUCAUGAACGUCCAGCGGCGCUCCAAGCUGCGCAGCUCCGGCGACCAGCAGAGGGUCAGACGCCACCGCUUCUCCAUCAACGGCCACUUCUACAACCACAAGACAUCUGUGUUCACGCCAGCCUAUGGCUCUGUCACUAACGUCCGCGUCAACAGCACCAUGACCACUGUUCAGGUCCUCAACUUGCUGCUCAACAAAUUCCGCGUUGAAAAUAAGUCGGAGGAGUUUGCUCUCUACGUGGUGCAUGAGUCUGGUGAAAGGACAAAACUGAAAGACACAGAGUAUCCUUUGGUAGUUCGUGUCCUGCAUGGCCCUUGUGAAAAAAUAGCCAAAAUAUUCUUGAUGGAAACGGACUUAGGAGAAGAGGUAACCUACGAUGUUGCUCAGUAUAUAAAGUUUGAAAUGCCUGUGCUGGACAGCUUUGUAGAGAAGCUGAAGGAAGAAGAAGAGAGAGAAAUUUCAAAACUGACAAGAAAAUACAGUGCGCUGAAGUCCAUGAUCCUACAGCAGCUGGAGGACAUUGCUGAGAUUGCUGAUGGGGUGUGAAGAGGCGCGUCUAAAAUCAGCGAAUCUGCAGAGCUCCAAUGGCCAAACCCAGGGGACAUGGCGCACGAGCGUGUGCUGGCACUGUUUAAAACAGAAGAUUCAGUGCCUACCCUCUGCAGUUUGACUUUAACUCUGAUUUAAGAAUUUAAGAAAGGUUCAUAUAUUUUUUUUACUUUCCCCAAAAUACUUACUUUCACCAACUGCCAGACUGCUUGUCUGAGUGAAGAGGAAAGUAACAGUCCCAAAUACCACUGGUUGAUGUAAAAGGGUGAAUCACAAAGCCUGAUCAUCAAACAAGCCCUGAUGUUUCACCUGAAAUGGAAGUGAAAAUGCUGGUAGUAGAAAAGACCAGUAUUCCCUGACAUGCUGUUAAAACAUCUCUUCUCCAAGGGUUGUUGAGAUUCUGGUCUAUCAUCAUGUGAUCACAGCUUCCCUCUAAAUAUGUAGAACCUCAGCUGGCAGUAACACAGCCAGCCCCCAAUCCAUUCUGACUAACUUUAAACAGUAAAGAAUGCUGCAAAUUGGAUGCACAGGAGGAGAGGCAAUAACAUUCACUGUUGUUAUUAUAGAUGGAUAGAGAGCAAUAUAAAGGUGCUGCUGUUGGGUAUCCCUGGAGAUUGCCACCAGCUUAUCUGUCUGAACUCGAAGCACUUGAAUGACAUGGAAUCAUACCUAUAUGACCAUGACACAUUUAUUUACCUGCAGCACUAAUACGAAAAUGAGCAAACAGAGUUAAUGGUU